UGCGCCGAGAACUUCGCCAAUUUUGUAGCAACUCAAUCCGGAAAAGUCGGCAAGACAUAUGAUAUAAAAGAUCUACUUUGCAGAUACGCCAACGACACGGUGGCCACGUGCGCCUUCGGUAUCGACGUGGAUUCUUUUAAGAAUCCGAAUAACGAAUUUUUCGUGCUUGGCAGGAAGGCAGUGAAUUUUGAUAGCAUUCUAUCUUUUAAGUUCUUAAUCUACAGAAACUUUCCGCUACUUGCUAAACUUCUCAAACUGAGAAUGUUUGGUCCAAAGGUAGAGAAUUUUUUCAAAGAAGUCGUUUCUGGCACGUUGAAAGUCAGAGAUGAGCAGGGUAUUGUUCGUCCAGACAUGAUUCAGUUGAUGAUGGAAAUCAGGAACAAAGAUAAUGGACCUGAGUUCAACAUCGACGAGAUGACCGCCCAGGCGUUCGUUUUCUUUCUUGCUGGAUUUGAUUCUGUUUCAACAGCUAUGUCUUUCAUGAUGCACCACGUCGGUAUCGAUUCCAAUGUUCAGAGUAAAUUGAGAGAAGAAAUCGACGAUGUUCUCAGACAGACUAAUGGCAAACCUACCUAUGAGGCCAUUAAUCGCAUGAAAUAUUUGGACGCUGUGAUAAACGAAUCUCUCAGAAUGUAUCCAACAGUACCCUUCCUGGACAGAAUAUGCGUCAAAGAGACCGAAUUACCACCAGCGACUCCGGAUGGCGAACCAAUUACGAUAAAACCUGGAGAUAUCAUAUGGUUCGCGAGUUUCCCUCUGCAUCGUGAUCCAAAGUACUUUUCACAUCCAGAGAAGUUCGAUCCAGACAGAUUCCUUAACGGCAAUGUAAAUAACUUGGUCUAUAUGCCAUUUGGUAUUGGGCCCAGAGUCUGCAUAGGAAAUAGAUUUGCCCUUAUGGAAUCAAAAAUCAUGCUGUUUUAUUUGCUUUGGCGCUGCGAUCUCGAACCCGACGUCAAAACUAGAAUUCCUAUGAUAUUGAAGAAAACAUUCUCUAUGUUGGCGGACGGAGGUUUUUGGUUGAAGUUGCAAGCGAGGAAGUCGGAGGCUGCUGUUACACAAUUAUCGAAUGGACAGAAUUGAGGAAUAGUAAUGAAGCAUAUUUGAAAUUCAUUUCAAGCAUAAAAUUAAAUAAAAGUUGACAUUUUAAAUUA